CUAGCAAGACUACUUUACUACUAAAGUGAGCCAUCUUAUUUGACUUGAAUCCAGGCCUCCUGCUACACUCAAUGAAAAGCCAUCUUAAUUUUCUCUUUUCCUGUUCAUUUUCCACGAUUUCUUGUGUCUUGUUUUGAUCAACUAUUAAUUAAUUGAUCUCUGUAUUAGUUUCCUUACAGAAGUUGUCAAUUUCGUGAUAUUGUCUCAUUCAGGUGUAUAUUAGUUCUUACUCAACAGCCGGUGGUAAAAGCUUGAAAAGAUAAAAAAUGGCCGAUGCAACUUCAAGUACUUUGGGAUAUGAUCGAAUGGAAGAAGUGAAGAAAUUCGACGAAUCAAAGAUGGGUGUGAAGGGUCUCUCUGAUUCUGGCAUUACUUCCAUUCCGAAGUUCUUCAUUCAUUCCCCACAAUCCUUAGCUGAUCUCAAGCCAAAAGCAUCUCAAACAUCUAUUACCAUUCCCAUUAUCGACCUAUCCAAUAUCAAUUCCAACGAUCACCGUGCCCAAAUCAUUAUCCAAAUCAAGGAAGCUGCUAGCAGCUGGGGUUUCUUUCAAGUGAUCAACCAUGGUGUUCCUCAAUCAGUUCUUGACUCAACGUUGAGAGCUAUCAAAUCCUUUCAUGAACUACCCCGUGAGGUAAAAUCCAAGUACUAUAAACGCGAAGAAGGAAAAGGUGUUAUGUACGCUAGCAAUAAUGAUUUGUACCGUGCAGAAGCUGCUUGCUGGCACGACUCAUUGCAGGUGUGGAUGGGGCCUGUGCCGGCCAAUGUUGAGGAGAUACCGGAGAUAUGUCGAGAAGAGGUGGUGGAAUGGGAUGCGAGUGCUAAAGGGGUGGCUGAGGCUGUGAUGGAGCUGUUGAGUGAAGGAUUAGGGUUACAGGCAGGGAAGUUUAAGGAGUUGACAUUCAGUGAAAUUAGAGCUUUGGUGGGGCAUUGCUAUCCUUACUGUCCGCAACCGGACCUCACGUUGGGGAUUAUGCCACAUACAGAUCCUGGCGUCAUGACGGUGCUGCUACAGGAUGAGAUCGGAGGGUUGCAGGUGAAACACGGUGAUGAUUGGGUGGAUAUAAAGCCUGUUAAUGGUGGAUUGAUUAUAAAUGUCGGCGACUUUCUUCAGAUAGUGUCAAAUGGGGAGUACAAAAGUGUCGAGCACAGAGUGUUGGCUAACUCAAGCAAGGAGCCAAGAAUUUCAGUAGUUGAAUUUUUCAACCUAAGCAAGUGGAAAGGAUCUGAUGAUUAUCAUGGGCCUUUGCCGGAGCUGUUAUCCCCGGAGAAACCUGCUAUUUAUCGGAAUUUCACAAAGCAAGAGUUUCAUGAAAACUUUUAUAGCAAGGGUCUGGAUAGCAAGUCUUUGGUGGAGAAAUUAAAAAUAGAAAAUUAAUUAGCACCCUGAUUCUUGUUAUGAUGAGAAUUCCUAUUUGCCAGACAUAUUUAAAUGUGCGUAGCUUGUAUUGGUCAAUCAACCUGGUAAAGUAGUCAUCAAUGUUGCUUUUGACAAGUUGUUUCUUUUAUUUGAGUUUAAGCUCGCAAUAAUGCGUGAAUAACGAGCUUCUGGAA